UUCCGCUUCACUCUCAGUUCAGAGUGUCGACCAACAACGCACGCGGCAACCUCAAGCUUAACCUUCGCCAUUUAAGUUACCCCACAUCGAAGCGUCAGUUUUAAUCUUUUCUCUUUAAGUUUAUUGAUCUUCUAUUUGUAAUCAGCGAGUGAAAUAUGGCUCUGAGUUUGGAAUUUAGACGAACGGCCGCGAUGAGCCUCCUCGCGCAGGGCGUUCACACGACGCUCGCGCCGACGCUAAAGACGCGCGUCGAGGACGAGCUAGACGGAUACACUGAGGAGGAGGAGGCGCCUCUGAAGCGGCUCAGACCUGGUACAAACGGCCUGAAGGGGCUUCAGCUGGACGGUCGAUUUGUUUCUGCGACAGACGGAUCUCUACCGACCACCCCGGAUCCAGAGGAGCUCGACUACGCUGAACUGGAACGCGAUACUCGGCAGCUCUUAUUGGACUUUUACCGCACACACACGGGAAUGUGUCCGGUAGACCGUAAACUUCAUCACGCCAUACCUACGAUGAGGCGAGUGGUCGACAAUAUUCUCGUGAAGCACCAGAUCGCGUACAAAGGAAUGAUCCAGCGUCUUCAACUGGACUCUCAGCCGGCCUCUCUGGACGUCAUCAGAUGUAUCGCGAGCACCAUGUUUAAAGAUGGCAUCACUAACUGGGGCCGAAUCGCGAGUCUGGUGGCGUUUGGAGCAGUGGUUUGCUCUCGAUUGAAGGAGCUCCAGCAGGAUCAGUGUGUGGAGAGGGUGGCUGAGCAGAUCUCGUCAUAUCUGACCUCAGAACAGCAGGACUGGAUCCUUAAAAACAAGAGCUGGCAUGGGUUUGUGGAGUUCUUCCACCAGGAGGACGUGGAGUCUGUGGUGCGUCAUGGUCUGAUGGCGCUGGUCGGAUGUGCGGGGAUCGGCGCCGGUCUGGCCUUCCUCAUCAGGUGAGAGCGAGCAGAGGAUCAUGGGACUUUUCUCCGCUCUACUCUCACUGAGGCGCUUUGGAGUGUUACAAAGAAAAUCUUCCCCCGCGCCGCUGUACUGACCUGAGCCCCGCUCACUCUGAGCACACGAUUGGGCUCGCCGUCAGUCGCAAGAGAAUAAGAACAUUCUGAUUUAUUUUAUAAUAAAAAAACUAUGUUUAAGAGAA